AUGUUGGCAAAGUUAAGUAGAUGUCUGCGAAUACAAUGUACAAACAAUACUGUAUUGUAAGUAUUUUUAAUUGUUUUAGUGAUCAUAAAGUGGUCACAUAAUCUUAUUACUUCAAAAGUUCCCUUUUAGUUUUCCUACUUACCUUUUGGCUAAACUAGUAGCAUCUUAUCAUUAUAAAACGUUAAUGACAUUUUUAAAACAUUUUUAUAACUAUAUAACGUCGUAAUUUUAUACUUUACUUCACUUUACCUUACUUUAAAAAGAAUUUUUUAUAUUACCUCGAGAACUUCAGUUAUCGCACAUCUUUCGUAUCUUCUCGUCUUGUCUCCACGGUAAAAUGGCCAAUUCUGAAGUCAGAAGUCGACCCUCAGAGCAGUAACUUCCAACAGAAUGAGCAGGAGAUGAAUGUUGUAGUAGGAGACCUCCGAAAGACUGUAGAUUCCGUAGUAAAUGGCACUAGUGAACAUACGAAACAGCGACAUUUGGCCAGAGGAAAACUAUUGGUCAGAGAUCGUAUCGAGAAGUUGAUUGAUCCAGGCACACCGUUCUUGGAGUUCUCACAAUUGGCUGCUCUCAACAUGUAUGGAAAAGACAUUGUAAGUUAUUAAGAGCUUCUUUGAUUGAAUCAGAGGAUAAGAGGUGGAAACAAAGUUUAUGCAUAUUUUAUUUUUCAAAUUUUGCGUUUUCUUUUUUUUUUGUUUUUUCUUGCUUUUUACUGUAAUUUUAACUGAAUUUAAAGAAUUAGGUAACAAACACUUCUUCAACGUACACAAAUUCAGGUACCAUCUGCCGGCAUUGUAACUGGAAUCGGCACCGUAGCCAACCGGCAAUGUCUGAUCGUAGCCAACGAUGCAUGCACAAAAGGAGGCACCUACUACCCGAUGACAAUCAAGAAACAUCUGAGAGCACAAGAAAUAGCACGGCAGAACAAGCUACCGUGCAUCUACUUGGUGGAUUCUGGAGGCGCCAAUCUCCCACGCCAAGCCGACGUCUUCCCUGAUAAGGAACACUUUGGUCGUAUCUUCUUCAACCAGGCCAACAUGAGUGCUGAAGGUAUACCACAGAUAGCCGUGGUCAUGGGAUCUUGUACUGCUGGUGGUGCUUAUGUGCCUGCAAUGGCUGAUCAGGCUAUUAUUGUGAAAAAGAAUGGCACUGUGUUCUUGGGAGGACCUCCCUUAGUUAAGGCGGCUACUGGAGAGGAAGUAAGGACGCUUUUUUCGUUAUUAUAGUACCGUUCUUGGUGCUUUUACUAUUACUUAUUAAAAAUCUUGUUAUAGAUAAGUGCCGAAGACCUCGGUGGAGCAGAUCUUCAUUGCGGAGAAUCCGGAGUAACCGAUUACUACGCUCACAAUGAUGAACAUGCUCUAUACCAAGCACGGUCGAUUGUAGCCGGCCUCAAUCAACCAGCACCGUCCUUCCCAUCAACAUCAGAAGUCGAGGAGCCUCUGUAUCCAUCAGAAGAACUGUACGGUAUUGUGGGAACGAAUCUGAAGAAGACGUUCGACGUGAGAGAAGUAAUUGCUCGCAUCGUGGACGGCUCCAGAUUCGACGAAUUCAAACAACGCUACGGAGAGACACUGGUCACUGGAUGGGCCAGACUGUAUGGCCAACAAGUGGGUAUCAUUGGCAAUAAUGGAGUACUGUUUGCUGAGUCUGCUAUGAAAGGUGGGUGUACUGUAAUAUACGGUGUUAUGUACUAAAAACUUAAUGUGGUACUAAAAAGUUUUUAAGCAUGUUUGGUUAAACUUUAAGGUCGUAUUUUACAAAAUAUUCGAUUUCAGGCGCUCAUUUCAUUGAACUGUGUUGCCAACGUAAGAUACCAUUGUUUUUCCUCCAAAACAUUACUGGAUUCAUGGUGGGAAGAGACGCCGAAGCCGGUGGAAUCGCAAAACAUGGAGCCAAGCUGGUCACUGCUGUAGCUUGUGCUCGAGUACCGAAACUUACUAUGAUUAUUGGUGGGUUUUACUAUGUAUCAUGGCAUAUAGCGGUUGAACGAAUUACUAUUUGAUCAAGGAUCAUAUUUUGAGGUUACAGAAUCAGUAACUAUUUUAACAGUGGAACGGAGGCAGGAUAUUUUGUACGACAUUCUUUUUUCAUCAUAACAACCAUUCUUUUCAGGCGGAUCCUACGGUGCCGGUAACUACGGUAUGUGUGGCCGAGCCUACUCUCCUCGCUUCAUGUACAUGUGGCCAAACGCUCGUAUCUCGGUGAUGGGCGGAGAACAAGCUGCAAAUGUCUUGGCCACAGUCCAGAAAGAUCAAAGAGCUCGAGAAGGAAAACCUUGGACUGAAGAAGAAGAGGCUGCACUAAAACGACCGGUCGAAGAGCGCUUCGAAAAGGAAGGUCAUCCAUACUUUGCAUCAGCACGACUUUGGGACGACGGUGUUAUUGAUCCGAAAGACACGAGGAAAGUACUCGGAUUGUCACUACAAGCCUCUUUGAACGCCCCAAUAGAAGACACCAAGUUCGGAGUCUUCAGAAUGUGA